AUGGCCUCGCUGGGGGCCCGAGAGGAGCGGAAGCCCCUCAUAAGGCAGGAGGAGGCCCCUGACAGGCCUGCCGCAUCUCCCUUUGUGGGCAGGAAGACUGCCUGUGCUGCUGUGCUGCUGGUGGAGAUUCUGGAGCGAACCGCUUUUUUUGGCAUCGUCUCCAACCUCGUCCUGUACCUCAACAGCAGCGACUUCAACUGGGGCGGCGCCCAGUCUUCGCGUGCGGCGUUGCUCUUCUUGGGGGCCUCCUACCUGUUUUCGCCCAUCGGGGGCUGGCUUGCGGAUGCUUACCUGGGCCGCUACUGGACCAUCGCAUUCAGCUUCCUGCUCUACUUGCUGUCGGCCUGCCUCCUGCCAGCCGUGGCCUCGCAAGAUAGUCGGCUCUGGCUGUGCGGGGAGAUGCCAGCUUACCCAGUACAACCCGCCUGCAGAAAUGGUACUACGGACUGCAACCAGCAAUUGCCAAGUCAAUAUUGUGCCGCUGUUAUGUACAGUGGUCUACUUCUCCUGGCCCUGAGCAUCAGCUCUGUCAAAGCCAACCUCACACCAUUUGGCGCUGACCAGGUGACGGACCGUGGCCGGGAUGCCACCCGACGUUUCUUCAACUGGUUCUACUGGAGCAUUAAUAUUGGGGCUGUAAUCUCUCUGCUGGUGAUUGCCUUCAUCCAGCAGAAUGUGGACUUCCUUAUUGGCUAUGCCAUCCCUGCUGGCUGCCUGGCCCUGGCCCUCAUCGUCUUCCUCUUGGCUGCCCCUACCUUUGUCACAAAGCCUGCGGCUGGCAGUCAAGUCUACCCCAUGUUCCAGUUGGCCCUCCAGAAAAGCUGCUGUGGCCAAGCAAUCCAGAAGAUGACCACCAAAACCAGAACACAUAGUAACCAGUCAGAAGCCGAGGCUAAUGGCUCACUUUCAGGUCCAAGGACUCAGCCUGUGGGGAUGUCACAUGAGAAUAUUGCCAACUUCCAAGUGAUAAUGAAGAUCCUACCUGUGUUGCUCACUCUCAUCCCGUACUGGAUGGUCUAUUUCCAGAUGCAGUCAACCUACUACCUGCAGGGUCUGCACCUCUACAUCCCCAACAUCUUUCAGAAGAGUCAGCGGAACAACAGUGCUUUCUCAGUGGCCGCAGAGGGUCACUACACGUUCCCAGAUGCCUGGCUCCUUCUAGCUAAUGUGGUGGUUCUGCUGGUCCUGGUCCCACUAAAGGACCGGGUCAUAGACCCGUUCCUGGCAAAGAGGAAGCUAUUGCCUUCAGCACUAAAGAGGAUGGCUCUAGGCAUGUUCUUUGGGCUUGCCUCAGUUGUUGUUGCAGGUGUUCUGGAGUCUGAGCGUCUGAAAUACGUGAACAACAAUGGGACCAUCUCACAGAGAAUUGGGAAGGAUGUUUACAAUGCAGCCCCGCUCUACAUCUGGUGGCAAAUCCCUCAAUACCUGCUCAUUGGAAUCAGCGAAAUCUUUGCCAGCAUUCCUGGGCUGGAGUUUGCCUACUCAGAAGCUCCCAAAUCCAUGCAAGGAGCCAUCAUGGGUCUCUUCUUCUUCAUUUCCGGCGUGGGAUCACUUUUAGGAUCUGGCCUCCUGACAUUGCUCUCUGUGCCGGCCAAUGGCUGGAUGCACUGCCCAGAGGAUUUCGGGAACAUUAACAAAUGUCGGAUGGAUUAUUAUUUCUUCCUGCUGGCCGGGAUUCAGACAGUAACCUGUGUCCUCUUUGUCUGGAUCUCCAUCCGCUACGAGCGCCAGCAGCAGCGGUCCCUCUGCCUCCGCUCCGCUGGCCGCGAGGGCAACUAACAUCCUCUGCCUUCUUCCACUGGGACUGCAAAGAGGCGCCAGAGUCCCCUGGAUCUCAGCAUGCUGCGGAAUCCCCACCACUGUAGCCUAUAUGGUUAACUGCUGGGACGUUGCAGAGGCCAAUGGUAUAUAAAAGGAUUAGAGAAAUUAAUUGGGGAUAGAGCUGUCAGUGGCAGCCAGCCAAAGACGACAACCGCACGUUCAAAGUGUCAUUAACGUCUUAGUUCUCAAAGCUGAGCCCGGGGAGCCCAAAUUAAUUAUCCCGGGAUAUAAGCCACUGUGACUAAGUCACACGGACCCGUUCUCUGACCUGGCAAAGCUGCUCUUGCUCCUGUGAGUACUUAACAUUCCUUUUGCAGUUCAGCUGUCCUUUUUGGUAGUGGGAUUAAACCCCAAAAUAAGAGGUGAGUUUUCCCUGUAUAUCU